UUUAAGACCACCACAUGUUCAUGUGUAUCAUGGGUUUACAGGUAUAAGUAGGUCUCCGUGUUCAGGUGAUAUUAUAUUACUGAAAAAAUAUAAUGGGCAAAAAGACGAAGGUUGGAAAGGCUAGGAAGGACAAGUUUUAUCAGCUCGCCAAAGAAACAGGCUACAGAUCCAGGGCAUCUUUUAAGUUGCUUCAGCUGAAUCGCAAGUUUGAGUUUUUGCAGAAUUCUAGAGUUCUUAUAGAUCUCUGUGCAGCUCCUGGAGGAUGGCUACAAGUUGCAGCACAGCAUAUGCCUGUGUCUAGUGUAAUUGUUGGUGUGGAUUUGGUCCCAAUCAAACCAAUUCACAAUGUCACUACUCUCACUGAGGAUAUCACCACAGAGAAAUGUAGACAGGCAUUAAGACAAGAGUUGAAGACUUGGAAAGCUGACUGUGUGCUGAAUGAUGGCGCGCCUAAUGUUGGCAAGAAUUGGAUUCAUGAUGCUUACACACAAGCUGAGCUCACCCUACAUGCACUCAAGUUGGCCACAGAAAUGCUGAAGAAGGGAGGAUGGUUUGUAACCAAAGUUUUUCGCUCCAAGGACUAUCAGCCACUUAUGUGGGUGCUUCAGCAGUUGUUCAAGAAAGUUCAUGCCACGAAGCCUCAAGCAUCCAGAAAUGAAUCUGCUGAGAUCUUUGUGGUCUGUCAAGGCUUUAUUUCUCCAGACAAAAUGGAUCCUAAAUUUCUGGAUCCAAAGCAUAUUUUCAAAGAUGUGGACGUAACCAAGAAAUUAGCAUUGGAUUUACUGCACCCAGAGAAGCACAGAAGACAAAGGGAGGGUUAUGCAGAUGGAGACUACACACUAUACCAUGUUCUUAAUGCUUCUGAAUACAUAAACAGUGAAAACCACUUGCAGUUACUAGCAGAAUGUAAUAAGAUACAAUUAGAUGAUAGGAAAAUUGCUUCUCAUCCUUUAACCACCACUGAAAUCAAGGAAUGCUGCCAGGAUAUUAAGGUUUUAGGGAAAAAGGAGAUCAGAUCUUUAAUCACUUGGAGAAACAAAUUAAGAAAAGAAUUUCAUCCAGAAGAAAAUAAAGUAACUGGUGCUGUGGAAACAAUUGAGGAAGAUGAAGAUGAUGAUGAUGAUGAUGUUAAAGUAGAGCAACAGCUCUCUGAACUCCAAGAUGAGCAGAAAAAGGAACAGAAAAGGAAAGAGAAGAAAGUCCGAAAAGAAAAAUCCAAACUGAGACACAAGAUGGAUCUUAAAAUGAUCAUCCCUGGUGACAAAAUAGAUAUGUCAGAUGAUUUGGAGCUUUUUAAAUUAAACAAGAUAAAAUCAAAGGAGCAAUUAUCAGAGCUGGAGAAAGGGGACAUUGUUGAAGAAGAAGAUUCUUAUGAUGGCUCUGAUAUUGUAUUACCUAAGAAUUAUCGACCGACUGUAUCAUAUGACCGUGAUGAUUCAGAUGAUUAUUAUGAAGACACAGAAGGUAAAGCUGAAGAUGGACAGGAUGAACAAGAAGAAGAAUCUGAUAGUGAUGAAGAUGGUGAUGAACCAAAUAGUGCAUUAGAUGAGAAAAGUCAAAACCCUUUGGUGGUGGACCUUGAAGACAAAGAUGGUAAAACAAACAGGAGAACAGAUAAUUGGUUUAAAAAGGCCAUUUUCAGUGGCAUUGAUGACAACCAAGAUGAAGAUUUAGAAAUAGCAAGAAUGACUGAAGAGUAUACUAAAAAAGGAGGAGUCAUUUUAGGAAGGGGAAAACAAAAAAGAAAACUAAAGGAAAAAUCACAUGAGGAUUUAGAAGACAGUGAUAUGGAGUUUGAAACCAAACAACAGGAUUCAUAUUCUGGCCAUGACAGUGACUCUGAUAAUGCAGUAAGAGAAAACAGGAGUGGAGAUGAAGAAACUGAUGCAAGUUCAGAUUCUGAUUCAGAUUCUGAUGCAAGUGAUUAUGAUGUAAAUAAAUCCGUUCUGGUAAACAAAAAAUCAGGAGAAAAGAUGAUUGGAAAGGCUUCUCAUGGACAAGAUGACUUUGAAGUCGUUCCAGUUGUAGAACCUGCACAUAAAAUUCCAAGACUAGAUCCUGCAGGAUUGGCUAUUGGUGCCAAAAUGAUACAAUCAGGGAAGAAGAGAAGAGAAAUCAUAAACCAAGCUUAUAACAGGUACACAUUUAAUGAUGAAAACCUGCCAGAUUGGUUUGUAAAGGAUGAAGCCAAGCACAUUAGAAAACAACUACCAGUGACAAAGCAAGAUGUCCAGGAAUACAGGGAGAGACUUAAAGCCAUUAAUGUGAGACCAAUUAAGAAAUUGGCAGAAGCUAAGGCUAGGAAAAAGAAAAAGGCUAUGAAAAAAUUGGAAAAUGCUAGAAAGAAAGCAGAUGUCAUUUCUGAGGCAGUUGAUGUCACUGAUAGAGAGAAGUGGCAACAAAUAAAACAAAUUUACAAGAAGGCGGGUAUCUUGGGAAAGAAGAAGCCAGAAGUGGCAUAUGUUGUGGCUAAAAAAGGGGCUGGAAAGCGGGUUGGUAGACCUGCAGGUGUCAAAGGGCGUUUUAAAGUUGUGGACCCAAGAAUGAAAAAAGAUAUGAAGAAAAUGAAAACGGAUAAGAAAGGAAAAAAUAAAAAGAGACGCAGAGGAAAAUAGAUUACAGCUGUUUUUUUUUUUUCCUGGAGAAAGUGGAAAAUACAGAAGGUCAUGAUUGCAGAUUUAACCAUUUUGAAAUAAUUUUAUUGUUAGGGGAAUAAUUUCAUGGAAUGUCAUGUAGAAUAGAAGAAGCAAAGUCACAAGGGUCAUCUAUGCUUCUUUUAUUAAACUUGGUGAUUGUGCUACUGUUUGACCAUCCUGCUCUCUUAAGGUUAUUGUUAGCCUUUGCCAAAAACUCCUUAUGUACUGCCUUACAUACAUUUAUCAUUUACACGUGUCAUAAUAGUGAUUUUGGGGUUAAAAUUGGCUUUAAUAGUAUCUAGUCUGUACAAUUUACAGCCAGUUUUGAAGCUGGUUUCACUGAAAAUAUAUAAUAUUGGGAAUCUUU